UAUUAAACGGGCCUGAUUCGAGGUCGAUCAACAAAUGAACGAGCUCGAACGAUCAACCCGAUUUGCAGCAAUUGGAAUGCAUACCACUGACUGAGACAAAGUGAAGGAAGCCACACUCGACGGACAAAUUGCGCUUCCCACCGUAGCGGCGGCGGCGGAGGCCUGACGACGUCUUAUCUUCUACCUCGUUUCGGGUUUCUGCUGCUGCUCUUCCUCUCUCGUCUUGUUGAUCAUGGAUUUGGAAGCUAAUUACGAAAUAGCUCGCGUGGCAGAAUUCAUUCUUAGCCGUAACUUCACUAGAGUAGCUCUGCAGUUCCCUGAUGAACUACUGAAAGAUUCUAUGAGGGUUGUGAAAGCUUUGCGCCAAGAGCUCGAAUCUCAUGUGAAAUUAUAUGUAAUGGCUGACACAACAUACGGAAGCUGUUGCGUAGAUGAAGUUGGAGCAGCUCAUGUCAAUGCCAAUUGUGUCGUUCAUUAUGGGCAUACGUGCCUCAGCCCGACAUCAACACUACCUGCGUUGUUCAUUUUUCGAAAAGCUUCAGUCGUCACAUCAAAUUGUGCCAGAACUUUACUUGAUCACGGGUUGAAAAGUGGGAAGCCUAUUUUGGUUCUUUAUGGACUGGAAUAUGCACAUGCCAUAUCCGAAAUAAAAAAAUUGUCCUCGUCUAGUGCUUCAAGUGCACAUGGAUCUACAACCAUCUUAGAGCACUUAUAUGCUGAUGCAAACUCUUCAGUUAUAAGCCCGUGUGAAGAAUGUGGGGUUUCAAAUAAAUGCGAAACUGAAACCGAAGAAACUGGUCAAAAUUACAACUUUGGUGGUUUGAGUUGGAGAUUACCCCAGGGACGGAAAAUGGAGGAUUAUUUACUUUUCUGGAUUGGCUCGGAAGAUACAGCAUUUGCUAAUGUUGUGCUGACAUUCAAUAGCUGUGAAAUAGGGGUCAGGCCUCGGGUCUACCUUCUGCAGCACCCCAUCUGGUAUUACCUAGUUGAGAAAGCAAAGGAUGCCAACAUGAUCGGAAUCUUGGUUGGGACACUUGGUGCAGCUGGUUAUCUUGACAUGAUCAAUAGAAUGAGGAAACUGAUAACAAAAGCUGGGAAAAAGUCGUACACAUUUGUUAUGGGAAGGCCAAAUCCUGCAAAACUUGCUAAUUUUCCUGAGUGCGAUGUUUUUAUCAAUGUAUCUUGUCCACAAACUGCUCUACUGGAUAGUAAGGAGUUCUUAGCUCCUAUAAUUACUCCAUUUGAAGCCAUGCUUGCUUUGGUCAGAUGGCUACAACAACAACAUCCCAUGCUGACAUGGUCGCAACUCAUAUCUGAACUAAUGGAGCAAUUUGGUGGCGAUUUGUCUGCCCCACCAACUCAGUUGUUACCUGCUCUCCGUCAGGUUGGUACGAUGGAUGAAUAUUGCAAUGAGUUUCAUGUCCGGGCUGCCCAUAUCUCUGGGAUACCCUCUCAUAUCCAGUUAGAGUUGUUUCUGAAUGGGCUAAAGGAAGAGCUCCGAGUUCGUUUUCGCCCAAAUGAUGCUACUGAUUUACGGAUAGCAAUGAGUGAAGAGGUGGAGUACGGGUUUCGGGGAAGGCAAUGGACAGGAGAAUAUAUUGUGGAAUUUCGAGAUUUGAUUGCUUCAUCUCCUUUAGCAUGGGAACAACAGUCUGAUGAGGCACGGUUUUCUUUCAUUCAGGGUAGUUAUGUUGAACAUUUGGAUCUACAAGAUGAAGAGGAGAAGGAUGAAAUCCUUGCGCUGGUGAACACCACAGAAAAAGCCGUGCAAUUGAGGAGUGAGGAUAACAAGAGUGUAGCCAAAACUGGGGCCGAAUAUCUUAUGAGCCGAUCGUAUCAAGGUCUGGACAUUAGUGGGACCGAUUCUCUUCCGGGGAAAUUUUUUACUGGGAGAAGUGGGAAGGCAUCAGGGUACAAGAACGAGAAUACAAGGUGACUCGUAUUUUUCGAAACCUGAGAAAUGGCUUUCUGUUCUUGAAUUUGCAAUAUAGUUUCAACUUUAAGGGGAUUUAUCAUGGAGAACCAGAUUACUUGCACUUGCUGUCACUGCCUCUACCUUUUUCCAAUCCAAUAUUUUUCAACUAGGACUGGAUGUUGAACCGGAUAAAUGAUUGGGUCACUGGUCGGAAUAGUUGAACAAUUUAUUUUUAGAGAAACCUAUACAUACAUACUUAUAUGAUGUAAUUUUUUUUUUUUUUUGAAAUUAUAUUUUUCUCUAAAUUUGUAUACUCAAGCUUUGUUAAGAGUACUAGUUUGUAUUAUUU